GUUGUAGAUCAAGGCCUCACUAGUUGUGGAGCGGUCGUGCCUGCUUGCCUGCUUAUUUUCUUGAGAUCUGCCGCACCACUGUCUCCAUGCAUGAUGUGUUUGCGGUCGGACAAAUGACAAGAAAAAAGUGAGUAGUCCUCGUGCUCCAGUCAGACGGGAAGAUCUGUCGGAGUAGUUCUUUCGCAUUUUUUAUUCGGUUGUUCGUCUUAUUCGUGGCAUCUUCAAAGUAGCAUUUUUAUUGGACCACGACGUCGCUCCUUACGGUUUCAUACUAAAAACGCUUGACUAUCGUAGUUAUGACAACUGGACGGUCCGUUGCUGCAGGUCAUGCGGCUUCUGUCGUUCCACCGGAACAGGUCGUAGGUGCUGCCGCAGGAGCGCGUCGUGACCUUCUGGGCGAUGUUGGCCUUCUUCCUGCCGUCGUUCCGCUUGCUGAUGCAGACCCGGACGCGGUAAAACGUCGAAAGUUGCAGGAAAGCAACGAAGAAAACUCAAACCAGGGCGUUGACGCAGUCACAAGAGGACCCACAACCGGAGAUGAAACAGAAACAAGAGUGAGAGAAACAACUAAUGCAGCAAGACCAGAAGGCGGUUCUUGUGCAGGAGAGGUCGUGGAAAAUGGUAAAAUAAAUGGCUCUAGGCGUACGACUAGCGCUGGCGCUGCUGUCGAGAUCUUCGUCUCUUCUCGAAAAUCCGUCCUGGCGCUGUACCAAACCAACGCGGUGAUUGCCAUGCUGACUCGAGCACUGGAUACAGGGAAACUACUUUAUCAUGAUCUGUCACAACAGCAGUACAAGUUCACGCUGCUGGAAACCUCCACCGUCGGAGAUCAAGUGCAGAACCGGCAUCUUGCCGACAUGGGUUCCGUCGGGGUUUUCACGAAAGAGUUGGAACUCCAACUCCUCGCGAAAGAGUGCAGGUUUGCGGUGCAUUCCCUAAAAGACAUGCCCACGGUGCUGCCGGAGGGUCUCAUGCUGGGGUGCAUCACGGAGAGAGGAGAUCCAAGGGAUUGCGUUGUGGUACUAUGAGGGUUCCUAAUUUAGAAUGAUUUUCGUUGACUGGUUAUUGGCACAUGAUAACUUUGUUUGAGACCGCACGGUCGUUAGCUGAAGCUGGUGCACCCACGUCGAUGGGCAUGAAAAUUUGAGUUUUCCUGACCACACAGCUUCACCCCCGGUACCGCGGCAAGAACAUCACUUCUUUCACGCAACUUCCUUACGCAUUGCAAAAGCAUCUUUCGUUCUAGUAUUUGUUCCACGAAGACAAGUUUUGAUUUCCUCAUGAUCAUGAAAAUAAAUGAAUUGAAAAUGCGGUUGCGGACCACUUACCUGCAUAAGAAUAGGUGAAAAUAAAUGGAUUUGUCAUGCAUGCCUGCAAUUAGAAUUACUACGAGCGCGAUGCUUUUGCGCAGGAUAGUUGGGAGACGGCGACGAUUGGCAGCAGUUCCGUCCGCCGGGAGGCGCUCGUGUUGAAACAGUGUCCGAAAAUGAAGAUUGAGAACAUCCGCGGGAACCUUCAGACCCGGUUGAGAAAGUUGGAGGCCGAGGACAGCAUCUACGACGCCAUCAUCCUUUAUGGGAGUGUGAGGAUUGAAAUCCUCAAAGACGAAAGAGUCUGUCAUGCAUAAAAGCGAUACCAGUCGGAAGCCCACUUAUCAAGCAGCGCAUGACAAAUUUUCCGAGCACCGAUAUCCAAUUUGUCAUGCUGUUUGGGCACAGACGACUGCUUUUGUCAUGCUACUUUAGCAGCUCUAUUUCAAACCUGAAACAGGCUCAAUGUCGGCCUCACUUGCCCUCCUGGCAAGACAGGCACUUCAUGCCUUCCAUUUUAUGCAUGACAAAUCAUUUCAACUUUGUCGAUUUCAAACCUGACGCUUUCAUAUCCUUGCCAAAGUCGGGCUGGAGCGCCUGGGUUUGUUCUCGGAGGACAAAGGCUUCGUUUUGGAGGAAGAUCAAUUUCCCUACGCGGUUUCCCAGGGCGCGUACGGGGUGGAGUGCCGGUGUGAUGAUGCAGAGAUGUUGAAAUUACUGAAAAAGAUCGAGCAUCUCCCCUCGGCGAUCCGGUGCACGGCGGAGCGGAGCUUGUUGAAUGCUCUGGACGGCGGAUGUCAGAUAUCCAUGGGCGUCAGAACAUGCUUUGUGCCGGACAAAAAUUCUGCAGCUGCUGCGCCAGUCAAAGAUGAUGUUCUACAAGAACUUGAGCGGCCUUCAUCUGGAACAGGAACCGCAUCCGCUUUUACAACAAUCUCAUCUACAGAAGCAGGCACAGGCUCGUCUAACGCAACAACAUCGGCAAAUAAAAUCCCAGAUAUGAUCGGAGACACGUUGAGCAAAGCGUCUUUGCAAACAAGCAGCACGGGAAUCUCUUCGUCCUCGUCUAGCGACGAGCUCGACGUUGCAAUGAGAUCGGCCUGUUCAACAUCAUCCGUGGCCUCGUCGCCGGAGAAGUUGGCAACCGUCGUCAACAUGGUUGUACAACCGACUCCUGGCGGUGAAGCUGCAGGUGGUAGCUCCACCUCGUUCCCAUUCCCCCCUGGUGCGGCCCCCGCAAGAACUGCAGCUGUUUCUACUUCAAAGAGCGCCAGCGCGACCAUCGGCAUCGGCAGCAGCAAGAAACCAUUUGUAUCGGGAACCCUUCACAUGCUUGCGGAAGUGCUGUCCAGAAACGGGCAAGAUUCAGUCCACGCCUCCGCCUUUUUUCCGGACAUUGACAGCUUGGAGAAGGUAUCAGGUGUAAAAAUGUCUGGGUCUGGAAGAAUGCAACUUGUGAUGCUAACUUUUGACUCUAAAAAAAUCUGUAUUGCAUGACCAGCAAGAGAGGUCUCGCUUCUGCUACGUGGGGAGGGCUUUUGUCAUGCGGAGGAGGCAUCAGGAAGCUCUCGAAGAACCUGUGAUGCUAAGUCGUGCAUUACAGACAUUCUGGGGCAUGCAAAAUAUGCAUGACAAAUCUGGACAUGCAAAAUAUGCACUGUGAACGCAGCUGGAUGACUGUGACCUGGCUCGUCUUCGAUGGGCAGGCGGAUGACUGUGACCUGUCUCGCCCAUCAAGAUCCCUAAUUCGUAGCUCCUAGACGUUGCCUGGCCCGCGAAUGACUCCAGGGCAGCCGGAUGGCCGUGACCUGGUUAUAAAGGGCUUCGUCGAUCGAUUGUGCCACUAGGGCCUUGUGUUCCGGCUACUCCGGAUCGCAAUCGAUGGAGGGCGGGACCUGCACCGGCGACAGGCGCUAUCCAACCAACCAACCAAAUCUCAGAAUCUUCCAGACCCAGACACUUUUACAGUUGACAGGAAGCGGCGGACUGCGGAAUUUUGUUGGCGGACCGACUCAGGGUGCUGGGCGUGGCGCGGAUCUGGGGCCCCGCGGGAAAUUGUGGCAAGAAGCGCGCGAUCACGUAUGGGAGCGCCGAAACCGCAGGGAUUCCCUGCGAGGGCUUUGGCGAAGUAGUACCGGACCAAGGUGGCUGUGCUCCUGAGCCCGGCGGGGUUGCGGCAGCGGCAUACUAGGUUAAGGAGUGUCCUCGAAGAAGAUGAAGAUCGGACAGGAGUACGCCACUCGUCACACGUCGACCGAAGAUCAACAUCAUGACGAGGGUGACCCAGUAAUGCUUUAAAUAUGCAUUGUUCGCUCUGUGCUUUCAUCCGUAACCGUAUGAGUAUGGCUAUAUGAAAUUACAACCUGAGUGAUGAUCACGACGAUGCAACAAGUAGAACACGUUGAAAAUGGUCAAACUCAAAGAUGAUGAAGAUCGUGAUAGAUACACAGAUCACGAGACGCCAUCGCCGGAGUACUAAGUUGUUGGAAAUUUGUGAAAGGGGUAUUUUGAUGACACAGAAGCAACAUGUUCUUCGUUUUCCACUACCACCACUUCAUCCGAUGUCGAAAAUUGACAUCUUCAUGGC